AUGAGGCGUUUGCUGAGGUGGAAGAGCAUGAAGGCUCCACUGACGGCUCGAGGAGGCCUGCAAAGCUCCCCUCGAGAACGACGUCCUUGGAACGAGUCAGACUUGGAGGGCCAGAAGGUUCACAGCCGCAAGCCCUUUGGGAAGGCACAGAGCGCUUCACCGCGCCCGCAGAGAUUUCGAGCCGUCGACGCGGUCAAGCUUGCAAAGCAUGAGCUUGAAUCACAGAACGGGCCCUUGGUCAAGGCGGGCAGACUUCGGCUUUCCCAGUUUUCGACACUGGACGAGUGUUGCAGGUGCUGUCCUUGGAGGCCUGUGGCUCGGGGCUUCGAGCGAGUGGCUGCUACGGUCUAUGGAUACCUCGAUGAUGACGAUGACUCGGACUUCAGUGAGGAUCCAGUAAGCCGCAGUUCGCAACAGAGGACGUCCGAAGAGAAGAAGGAAGAAUCACGAAGCAGGACGGAGACAAUGGACGAGAUGUUCGAGCAGUUUUUCGAUGCGAUUGAUGAUCUUUCGGACUCCGAGCUUGGGAACAGCUGCGGCACAGGUUUAGGGCUCGUGAUUCCAAAGCUGAGAAAUGACAGUGAGAUUGCUGCUCAUUACAACGUGCCUCUGCAAGCGAUCAAUCAGCUCAAGGUCGACUUCCCGGAGUGUCCGUCCGCAGAAUUGGCUCGUUUCCUUGCGCGGAAGAGUGUUUCUGGAAAUCCCGAGAAGGCCGCGAAGCUCAUCAGUGCCUACCUUGAGUGGCGACGGGGCAUCCCCAAGUGGCCAGCACCACCAAGCGACUUACCAAACCCGUUCCGAUUUAACGGCUUUGCCAGGGACGGCUCGCGCCUGCUUCUGCUGCUGCCGUGUUGCAUCAACGUGGACUUCAAGCCGGAUGCCUACUGCCAGCAACUGGUUCGGCACCUGGACACGGAGGUCGAGCGCGCGGACACCUUGCGCUUCACUGUGCUCCUGGACUGCCGGCCGCACAAAGCGCUGGGCUACGAUGCGAAGCCCGUCUGGCGACUCUGGACGCACAUCUCGGCCAUGGCCAAGAUGUUCCAGUCCUACUUCCCGGAGCGCCUGCAGAGAUUUGUCAUCUAUCCUGCUGGGGACAUCGAGAUGGGUGCAUUUCGGAUGUUCAAGGGACUGCUUUCCACCGAGACGUUGAAGCGCGUUAGGCUGCUGUACAGCAAGCUGGGCUACGCGGCGCCAGCUCCUCCUCGUGAGCUGCUUGAGAUCCUUGACGUCAAAGAGGUCCGUCGAGAGAACAAAGUCUUCUUCACCGGCUUGGAGGCCGAAUCAGAGUGUAAUGGCGAUCUAGGUCCUGUGAUCCACGAGGGCUUCUACAAAUUGUCGGCGGCCGUAACAAGGCCUGCCCCUUCGCUCCGCCAGAAGGCGGCGACCUUGAAAGAGACCUUUGAGAACCGGCUGCAAAACUUGCGCGGGCCAAGACCGGGAGAAAGAGACAGGAAGCGGCCGGAAGCAGGAACAGAGGUGGAAGCGACUCGCCCCCGAGCUCCCGAAGCGGAAACGUUGCUUGCCUUGGAGGGCGCAGGCUCUCAGUACGCGGAUGCUGGUGACACCUUCAUCACCGCGCAUGAGGACCAUCAAAGUUCCGAUCUUGAGAAUGCCGGGCAGCUCGUGCCGCUGGCUUCCGAGCCGGAGCCCGCGGUAUCCGCGGUCAAUAACGAGGAGGCUCUGAAAGCAGCGCUCGUGGAGGCAGACUUCGCCAAGCAGGAGUUGACCUUGUGUGUUGACACUUUACAUGCUUAUGCAUGCGAAACGUCUUCCGAAUCGCGAGAGCGUGCUGCCCUACUAGAUUCCGCGACCUCUACAGCAUCCUCGUCGCUGGACAAGCUGGUGCAGAUCAUAGAAAGGCAGGCCGCGGAAGCAAGGGAAGCAGCUCAGGAGCGACGCGAACUCGAAGCCAGAAUUGCCGAGUUGGAGGAUGACGCUGAGGGCUUGAGAAGGAUGGUGCAGCGUGGCUUGCGCGAGGAGGCAGAACUGCAAAAAGAGAAAGAAGAGAAGGUGGCCGAGGUGCUCGAGAAGCAGCAAAGCUUAGUGGAGGCGGACAGGAAGGGGCAGAAGCUUGCCGCCCAGCUGGAAGAGGCCUUGGAACGGAUCAAACGACGCGAUGAGGAAGAGCGUCAAGCACAAGAAAAUUUACGUGACGGUGCCAACUCCCCAAUGAUGGCAUUUUCCACUUUCGUUCUGGGGCCAGACCAGGUCCCUUCUGGCCCGGCGACAAGUCUUGGCAGCAUCAGUGGUGAUGUCUUGAAGGAGAAGACUGAAGCCAAAAGGCUCGAGCGUCAUCAGACGACUCUGAGCGGCGCCAGCUCCACGACGAGGACUUCGCUCCUGUUGACCGCGGGCGCGGGGUCAGCAGGCUUGCAUGUGCCUCCCAGUGGACGGCAGAGUGGGCGGCUGGACACUGUGCCUUCCCAAAACUUGUCGAGGAGUGGAACACCGGACGGCGUGCCAACACAGGGAAGCUCCAAUCACAGUGACCAGGACAGUUCUGCGACACCCCCGCAAAUCAAGAAGGUUAGCACGCGGAGACGUUCAGAGGAGGAAGACAGCACGGAUUCCGAAGCAGAAGCUGACAUACCGAGGGCCUCACCGCUAGCGUCUUCGUUUCCAGCACUGGUGCCGUAUCUGGACUUCCAGAAGGCUGACGUGGAAGCCGAGAAGAUCAAGGUGCAAACGGCGUCCCAGAAUCACGAGCACUUGGAAAAGCACAUGGUCAUGCUGCAGGAGGAAAGGCAGCAGCAUCUGGAGCGGAAUCAGCUGUUGCAGCACGCAGUCGAUGCGACCUUGGAGCGUAUCCUCGUUUGGGUGCAGGCAGUGUAUGACUCUCUGCACGACUUCGGUCCAAGAUCGGUGCAGCAGGAUGCGGAAGCUCUUGUAGCGAUUCGAGAUAUGCUUGCAUGGCUGGCACAGCGCUCUUGCAAGGCAUGGGUUGACCCACCUGACAAUCUGGAACAGGCCUUGGCUAGCCACGAAGACCGUCUGCGCUCUGCAUUGGCUCUAGCCGAAAGCCAAUCCUCGGCCGGGGAGGUGGAAGAGCUUCGCAGGGCCCUUCAGCAGCAGAUGAAGCGAGCAGAGGACCUGGAGAAGCGCCUUGAGGCUAUGCAGAGCGACUCCGUGCCGAGCAAGAAAGCUCCCGAACCACGGGCCGCCGCACAGAGUGGUGCCAGUGCUGGCCCAGAUCCCGAAACCACGAGCACCUCGGUGCAUGGGCCCGCAGAGACAGGCUCCGUGGUUGUUGCCAGCCCGCGCAGCCCCAGUCCAAAUGUGUCCUUGCCACCGGAGGCUGGUGAAACUGCCCGAGAAGAGGAGGAGGCACAGGUGCUUGCAGAGGACUUGGAGCAAACCGAACCUGAACAGGACUGUGCCGCCUCUGCUGGCCAGGAUGCAGCCGCAGAAGCGGAACAGGAGGCGCAGAGGAUGAGGCUCUUCAGAUGUCCAUUUGCCCAGGCGAUUGAUCUCACCGUCGCUAAGAGGACAAGGCCGUCGGUUGGCAAUGCCGCGGUCUGUGAGGAGGAAGACAACAAGCUGUUCGGACGCAGGCAGUUGCGAAGCUUUAUCGCCGAGGUAUACUCUGCCAAACGUCUCGAAGAUCGCCGGCGUGACAAGACUCAGCAGCCAAGACGGCAGCUGCAUGCGGUCAUGCAGGAAAUCUUGCGAAGACAGCAUGGUGUGAAGCGCUUGGUGCAUCAGAGAUCCUGGCAGCUGUUGGAGUCUGUGGCGCAGAAUGCUUCCAAGGAUGCAACGGUAGGACUCUUCGCUGACUUCCUUGAUGGCACACGUGAUUUGGAGGAGCUGUCCUUCUACUUGUACUGCUCGGCGUUGCUCUCCUCGAGUAUACCCGAAGAGUCGCAGGCUACUGCCCCUUCCAAGUUGCCUCCAGGCUUUGUCAGCAAGGCGCGUUGCACCCGCCUGGUGGACCUCCUCUUCUCCGACAUGCCGAAGGCACUGUCGGUUGUAGAGGAGGAGGUUGAGCGAAUGGUCUCCAGCUUUGCAAGUCCAACCGGCGGGAACCUGUCCUUCGAGGAGUUCAGCCAAAGUGGCAGCUUCUACGGGGGCUUCGUGGGUGGGAUCGAUGCCGAUAGCCUGUGCAAAGCUUUGCUGGAAGGCUGGAGAGUGUGCAGCCUGCUGUUGAGCCAGGGCGCUCCAGAGUUCUUGUGGCAAGCGGCCGUGCUGGCCUUCACCAGAGCGGACGUGCAUGGCCGCGGUUGGCUAGAUCCCCACGAGGUGAAGUAUGCAGAGAUGACUCCUGCCCUGGCCAAAACAAGACGUUCCGGUGAUCUGCCGCUUGGGGAUCAGACGUCGCUGGGCGCCUUCGUUUUCCGAAUCUUGAAUGGCCUUGGUUCUGAUCCCGCCCGGCUUCAGGAUGCCAGCGCCACGGUUCCAAGUGACACCGGGAGAGGCCGGAACCAACCGGAGGUGCCAGUGAAUCGUUGCCUUCAAGCCUGUUCGGCAGCAUUUGGCUCGCUGGAGCGCAGCCUGGGGGUCUACUUGUCAUGGCUCCUGCACAGUGAAGAGCCACGAGAUCGAGUUGUGUACCAGAGUGUGAAGUCGAGGAUUUUCGGCUACAGGCGUGCAGACAGCAUGCAGGACACUUGGCCGAUGAUUCACAACUUGCGGUGCCUCCUGGUCCUCCUCCUGUCUCACCAGUUUGACAUGCAGCUCGCUAGAGAAGAGGCAUCGCCUGAGCACUUGGCGUGGGAGCUCACUGCUUUACUGCAGAUCCUCAAGGAGAGCUGGAGGACAGGUGCCAGCCGCGAAAUGGUCGAGAGUGGGCCGGAGUUUGGGCCGGAGCUGGAAGAGGUCGGCGAGACCUAUCGGGAUCAAAAGGGUCCUGUUACUUUCAGUGACGCGGCAUGA